AUGGAUAGAAGGCAAACACAUUCGUCGAUAAAUACAGAUUGUGGAAGUGACUUCAUCAUUCACACUUCAUCUUUAACAUGGAAAAAUCGUCUGCAAAACUUCUUCGGUAUACCUAAACCCAUAGAUGGAGAAAAUACUGACAGUGAACGAUGCUCUUGGUCUGCCGAUACACUUCUCUGUGCAACUAUUUUCCUAGAAGAUGCUGUUAAUUAUCAAUCUAUAGCACAUAAAGUAACAAAAUUCUAUUUGCUAGUUCAUCGAUGGUCAUCCAGUCCAUUGAUUCGAAAUCUGCACCGCAUUGCUCUAACGAUUAAUCUUUGUUUGGCUUUGUUUGAACAACCUUCAUCAUUCAGUGUAACAUCCGAUGUUCGAGAUAAACCGAAACGAAUCGUUUUUCCAUAUUUACUAAUGAUGAUUAUUGAGGGUUUAACAUUGAUUUGGUUUCUUGUUUAUAUUUGUACUAAAAUCGCUUGUCUUGGUGUGAAACAUGCUCGGAAACGCUUUUGGAUGAUUGCUUUCUUUAUUGUAACAAUUUACUCGUUAUGUGAAUGGUUUGCGAUGACAACAUUAAUCGGUUUAACUUACCAAGGUACGCGAAUCCGUCGUAUCUUCCGUCCAUUAUUUAUGAUUGAAUCAUCUCAGUUGAUGAAAAAAGCGUUGAAAGCGGUACAGAAAGAUUUAUUGACGAUAAUCGCUUGUGUUGCAAUGGCACUUGCGCAUAUUUUGUUCUUUGCUAUUAUGGCUAUGUUUCUUUUUCCACGAUCAGAAACUCGAAAAGAUAGUCAAGGAAGUACUUACUUUUCCAGUUUACAUGAUUCCGUCUUCCAGCUACUUGUACUAUAUUCUACUGCGAACAAUCCAGAUGUGAUGACACCCGCCUAUUCGGAUAAUCGAUUGAAUGUGUUGUUCUUUCUCAUUUUUGUUAUUAUCGGCAUUUAUUGGAUACAAAAUAUCAUAACUGCUGUUGUGUACCGUGCUUUUCGAGGAUAUUUUUUGAAUUCCAUUAUCAAUUCACAAUUACGACGGCGAGUCGCCAUUCAAGCUUCGUUUGAAAUUAUGAAGAAACGAACGUUGCGCAAUGGUUCAGUCGAAAUCAGAGAUACCGUUCCGAUUGUCAUCGUCCAGACGAUUGUCAAUGCUGCUACAAUGAGUAAAUGGCACGCAGAUCGAAUUGGUCAAAGACUAUUUGAAUUAACACUAGAACAUGAAAUAAUUGAUUUCGAACAAUAUUCUUCUAUUAUGCAGUUAUUAGAUCUAAAUCCAAGAUUAGUACAAGACAUUGAAAUUGAAACACUAGGUCAAAGUGUUCCAGAUCGUUUGAAAGCCGUCGGCCGAUCGCGCAUCUUCGAUAGCAUUGGUACACUCUUAGCUCUAUUGAGCGUUCUCUUCACUACUAUUGAAGUUAGCCAUCGUCAUUUACAUUCCGAAUAUAAAGAUUUGGUUAGGCGAAGCAUUUUCAUCGCAUUUAUGAAUUUAAGCUUGCUAAUCUAUUUUGUUUUGGAAAUCGUUAUGAAAGCUUGGUCGUAUGGCCCAGACAAAUAUUUUCGUUCAUCCGCAGCAAAUAUUUUAGAAACAGCUGUCGCUUUUACAUGUUUUACAUUAGAAAUCAUCCAUAUGGGAAUUCAUGGAUCACCUGUUGUUUCGGAACAAGAUUUGGAAUUGACACAGAAACAAAUUCCAUUUUUAACGUUAUGGGAGGCGAACAAAGCUUGUAAUAUGCUGUUUAUCUAUCGGUUGAUUCGAUUUUUGCCCGCGUCGAAAAACAUACAAAUCAUUGUUGGCACAGUGAUUGAUGAAAUACGAAAUGGUGGUGCAUUUUUCGGAGUUUUAUUCAGUUUUUACUAUGCAUAUUCAAUCCUCGGUAUGGAAUUGUUUGGAGGAGCCGUUGAAAACCUUUACUUACAUCAAACUCAAACGAACAUAACUGUCUGCGGUACAUAUGAGCAACUUGAAUAUUGGCCAAAUGGUUUCGAUGACUUUUUCGCAUCAAUUGUUACACUUUACAAUAUCAUGAUUGUCAAUCAAUGGUUUGUUUUUGUCAAUGCUUUCCGUGCUGCAACUAACACGAAAUGGAGUGAAUUAUAUUUCAUCUUCUGGUAUUUAUUCGUCACAACCAUUGGAUUGAACAUAUGUCUUGCUUUGAGUGGUGACAUCCAUGAUGCGAAAAAGAAACGAGCUGAUGAUCAUGAAGAAUUGAUUGUAUCGAAUAUGUUUGACAUAUAUCGAUCUCAAUUGAAAGAACCACCGCCUGAAGUGAUCUUGCAACAGUUGAAUAGACAUCCCUAUGUGAAUUUUCGUGAAGAUACAAGUAAUGCUUAA